AUAAAUUGAUGGUGUAUUCUGCACAAUUCGCCUCGCUUUUCCGUUUCUCCCCCAAUAGCUUCUUUUCUCUCCUUCCUCUUCCGCCGCUCUCAAACAAUUCGUCGGUCCGCCAUUUUUCCAGAGCAGUGCAGAGCGGAAAGAAGAAGCGAAAAGCUGUACGGAUUCAAUGAACCGUCGCCUCCCUUCAUUUUCACUCCCUGGCUGGUUCUCCACAACACCGCUGCUCCGUUCAUAGUUACGACGAUCUCAGCUCCAGACGAAUUACCCAGCUCCUUCUCGCCCUUCACUUCCUCAUGGAUACGCCUACGCCGCCGGCGGAAGAGCUUCUCCGGAAGAUUCAGGAGCUGGAAGCCGGACAAGCUGAGCUUCAACAGGAGUUGACGAAGCUUAAGCUCACUUCCGAUUCGAAAUCCGAGAAUCUUCUCCUUCACCACCAACAGCAGCAUCAGCAACAGCACCACCACCACCAUCACCACCACCAUCCUCGGUCCCAGUCAAUCUCGCCUCAGCGUCCAGGGACUAGCCGGAGCUUCGAGACGGCUGCGUCUAUGAAGAAGACCUCGCCGCCGUUUAGGCAUUUGUCUCCCUUACAGAGAGAGUCUCCCCGUCCGAGCAGCGGUUCGGAUAGGAGUAAUGUCGACGGAGAUGGCGGCGUCUGCCGAGCGAGUGCCGGUCCGUCGGCUAUUAAGUUUACUGAUAAGCAGUACUUGAACAUCUUGCAGUCCAUGGGGCAGUCCGUUCAUAUUUUCGAACCUUCCGGCCGUCUUAUCUACUGGAAUCGAAGUGCUGAAAACCUAUUUGGCUGGACUGCGGCGGAAGCUCUAGGUCAGGACAACAUUGACCUGCUUGUUGAUCCCAGGGAUGGCAAGAUAGCGCAAACGAUUAUUGAUCGCAACGGUCUAGGAGAGAGCUGGACAGGACAGUUCCCUGUGAAGAACAAGAGGGGUGAUAGGUUUACAAUUGCGGCCACCAAUACCCCUUUCUACGACGACAAUGGUGAUUUGAUUGGGAUUAUAUGUGUAUCAAGCGAUUCACGGCCAUUCAAAGAAGCGUUCGUCGAUUUAUCUGGUCAGAAGAGUUUAGAAGCAGACUCGAGUUCUAGCCGUGUUUUUGGUAGAAGCAGCAGCAGUGUGUCGGCCAAGCUUGGUCUUGAUUCCCAACAGCCUCUGCAAGCAGCAAUUGCGUCUAAGAUUUCAAACUUGGCUACCAAAGUGAGCAACAAGGUGAAGUCGAAGAUUCGAACUGGAGAGAACAAUGUUGAUCAUCGUGAAGGUGGUAGUGGAGAGAGUCAUCAUUCUGAUCAUGGUCAUGGCUUCCCGGAUGUAGUGGCAGACCAGAGGGAUGAUGCAAACUCUAGUGGUGCUAGUACUCCCAGGGCCAGUACACCCAGGGGAGAUUUUCAUCCAUCCCCUUUCGUUGUUUCACCUUAUGGUGAUGAGGGUGAAGGGAAACCUGCAAUCCACAAGGUUAUCACUUCGAAGGCAGAGGCUUGGAUGGGUAAAAAAGGGCUGUCAUGGCCAUGGAAAGGGAAUGAAAGGGAAGUUUCAGAGUCAAGAACUACCAAAUUUGUUUGGCCUUGGUUGCAGAAUGAGCAAGAGGGUGAACCAAAUUCUCCGAAGAGUCCCUCUUAUGGUGGUACCAAAACUGAGAGUUACUUUAGUGAAGCUAAUAAUCGGCAUGGCAUUAGUGAGGCAUCUGGAUUGUGGUCAUCCUCUGCAAAUGUUAACAGCACGAGCACUGUCAGCAGUUGUAGUAGCACAAGCAGCAGUACUGUUCAUAGGUUAGAUGUGGAAAGUGACUGCUUAGAUUAUGAAAUUUUGUGGGAAGACUUGACCAUUGGGGAACAAAUUGGACAAGGAUCUUGUGGGACUGUCUAUCAUGCCCUGUGGUAUGGAUCAGAUGUUGCGGUCAAGGUAUUCUCCAAGCAAGAGUAUUCAGAAGAUGUGAUACUUUCAUUUAGACAAGAGGCACGGGGUAUGAAUUAUCUUCAUCAUUUCAACCCACCUAUUGUUCAUCGUGACUUGAAGUCUUCGAAUCUUCUGGUUGAUAAGAAUUGGACAGUAAAGGUUGGUGAUUUUGGGCUAUCUCGUUUAAAGCACAAAACAUUCCUGACAACCAAGUCCGGGAAGGGCACGCCUCAAUGGAUGGCACCAGAAGUUCUCCGCAAUGAAGCCUCUGAUGAGAAGUCUGACAUCUACAGCUUUGGAGUGAUACUAUGGGAACUUGCAACCGAGAAGAUUCCUUGGGAUAAUCUCAACUCGAUGCAGGUACUGGAUGGUAAAAAGUCCUACAUAGGAGGGUAGGCCAACUAGGGAGCAAUCUAAUGAUAAAACAAACUUAGAAGUCACAUGUUCGAAUUGGUUCGACUGGUUCCAAUUUGAUCCAAACAUUGAUUCGAUCUGCUUCGAUGUUUUCCCCCCUGCACUUCUGUUCUAGUUAUAGGAGAAGAGGCCAAGGAGUGAGUGAUCUGACGAUAAAACGAACUUAGAAGAAGUCACAUGUUCUAAUUGGUUCGAUUGGAUACAAACAUUGAUUCGAACUGCUUCUAUAUUUCAUCCCCUGCACUUCUGUGCUAGUUAUCAAACUCUGCUAACCUGUUAGAAUCUUUAAUUUUGGCUUCGCUACACUGCAGUGACCCAGCCAGCCGCCCAACGUUCCAAGAACUCCUGGAAAAGCUUAGGGACCUCCAGAGACAGUACACCAUCCAGCUCCAGGCCGCGCGUUCCUCCGCAGCCGCUGGAGAACAUCACGCCACCACCCUCCACAAGGAAAGCUAGCCGAGCCAGCUCUCGUGGCGCGAGCCCUCCACAAGUCCUGCGAAACCUUUUCGGCGUUAUCUCGAAGAGGGAAAGCUCACAUUCCAUCCCACCCCUGAUUUGAUUGCAAAGAAGGAAUUCUUGUGGAUUUGUAGUGCCACGCAGCGAUAUAGAACAAACAACACAGUCAAUGUUGCUGGCGAGGGGCAGAAAGGCACAGAAACUGGAAGGUUUUUUUCUUAUGGCAGCCGUCUCGAGGGCAAAGUUUUCUUUUUUAUUUGUUCUUGGCGGGCAGUCUGAGUUUGAGUGUGUGCGCGCAUUUUGUACAUGUUUCUCAGACGCGCCAAUAUUUAAGAGAAAAGGAGAGAGAGAGAGAGGAAGAGGCGGUGUUAUAUUUGUUGUCACUGUGUGUAGAUUUGGGUGGAUUCAUUCACCAAAUUGAUUAGCUCAUUGUUCACUUUAGGAAAUUCGUUGUGCAGAUUACGGAAGAUAUAUAAAAAAAGGCGGAAGAAGUCUGAAAAUAUGGAUUUUAAUGGCGUCUACUUUUCCGUUUCCCCGCCAUAGCUUCUCCUCCUUGCGAAUCCUUCCUACGCCCCUAAACAAACCACCAAUCCGCCAUUCUUCCGUAGCUGAUUUCCCAGGGCACUGCUGAUCCGUU